GGGAAGGGACACGUCGGAAUUUGGUCUUGCCCUUGAUGCCUUCCCCACGGCACCGACCGGCGGUCGACCUGAACCGCCGGCCGAAUUAUUCCUUCCCUUCCCGUCAAAGCCCAAAACCGCCGCAUACUUGUCUGUCACACCAAGCGGCGCAGCUCCACACGGAAACUGGCUGGGUUGCUAGCUUGCUAUUGGCGGACGGGUAGCUACCGAUAGAGCGAGCGAGAUAGGUUGCCGCCGGGGCCAAGUCGUCCCGGCUCGCGCGCGCGCCCUAUAUAUCUCGCGCCGCACCGAGCGGCAGACGGAGAGGCAGAAGCAUCACAAUUCACUACUAGCCCGUUGCGAUUCCAAGCUUAUUCAGAGCGGAUCAGCGAGAGAUGUCGCAGAGCGCGGCGGCGUCGGCGAGGUGCGCAGCGUGGGCGCUGGAGCGGGAGCGGGAGCGCCGGCCGUUCACGGACCCGAUCGAGAUCCCGGCGGCCUCGGGCGCGCGGGUCGACGAGCGGGAGGCGAGCCGGGAGGACCAAUCUGAUGACGGCGAGGUGGUGCCGCCGCACGUGCUGCUGGAGCGGCGCAGGGCAGCGUUCUCGAUGUGCUCCGGGCAGGGCCGGACGCUAAAGGGCCGGGACCUCCGGCGCGUGCGCGACUCCGUCCUGCGCAUGACCGGCUUCAUCGAGGGCUAGCUAGUGGCUCCGGCGCCCAAGCAGGCGUCGAUCUUGCUGUCUACUUCAUUGGUUAAUUAGCUGUAAAUAACCUCCGUGGAUUGAGAUUUAUAAAGAACGGCGAGGCAUUUGUAUUCGUUUGUAAUUAGAUUCAUACGAAAUGUGAGGUGAAUUGGGUGGCCGGUGUGUAGUGUGUUGAUGUAAAACAAUCAUGUGCAUCAGUGCAUGGGUGAAUGCGCCCCUUGGUUGCAGAGUAAAAAUGGAAAAUGUUGGUCGUUUCUUCA